AUGGACGAGUUUGAGGUGCUUUUUGAUGGAAUUUACGAGCGUGCAAGGGAGAUUCAACAUGCCCAAGACCCAGAAAUGAAGUUGCGGCAGCUACUCGCACCGGUACGCACUCUUUUGAUGCAGAAAUUGCAUCAGGAGAGCAAAGAAAGCGUUGACUCUUUUAGCAACUCAAGCAACGCCUUCUCUGUCGACCCAGGACCUUUCAGUUACAUUAGCGGGGCUGCUGCGAAGUUGCAAAAGAUGGUGGCACGUUCCCCGCCGUCGCAGGGGCUUUUGAGGCUGAGAAAUAGCAGUAAAUCACCUGUUAAACCAUCUCCGACUUAUUUCAAUGGUGCGGCCAAUCGACUGCAAGCGCUGGUCACAGGCAACAAGACACUGUCAAUUGAGACAAUGAUAGGGAAGCAGGAGCACAGUGAAGCAGUUGUUCGUAUCCAGGCACUCGUGAGGGGCAAUUCUCAGAGGCAAACACUAACAAAACAACAUAGUCUGAUGGUCCAGGGCACUAAGGUGCUGAAGAAAUACGUCCUAAAGAUAGACAGAAUUCCCAAUUGUCAUGAGUUGGACACACCUCAUGGAGAAGUAGCACCGAAUCUUAGACGGUUGGAAGGCACGCCAUUGUAUGGAUCUGGUCAGCCAUCGCUGCAGGGAAUUCAGAUGAUUUUACGUCGAGUAGCAGCGGAUGGAUUUACGAAAGUGGUGUGGGUGAAUUUGAGAGGGGAAGCAGUAAUUUAUGUCAACGGCCUACCGUUCACGGCAAGACGCAGUGCAAUGCUUAAUGAAAAUGAUCUGGUUCCUGGAAUCACGGGUCACAAAAUUCAGGUCUUGGAAUCGUCGCUGAAGAGCAGUCUACAGGAAGAAUUAGAAGCAGCGAACAACUGUUUCGAGUUCUGGAACGAGGUUGCACUGAGAGAGAAUGAGCCGGUCGUGGACACAGCACUGCCAGGUCACGUGAUGACGUUGCCUGAACUGUAUGAAAGCACUGAAGUGACAAAGCACAAAGAAACCAUUCAAAGCGUGUUGUACCGGCGAAUCCCAAUCGAGCGCGAAAACGCACCGGAACAGGAACAUGUAGAAAUGAUAAUGAACCUGAUGGAUGUAAGUGAAGGCGAGAAUUCUACUGCCUUUGUCUUCAACUGCCAGAUGGGCAAGCGCCGCACAACAACAGCAAUGGUAAUUGGAAGGCUUAUCUGCCAGCGACACACAAUCCAUUUAGCUAAUGUGAUGACCAAUGUGCCAUCGACUGAAGAAGAGCCUUCGCACAAUGUCGAGGCUGGUAAUUUUGCGGUUAUCCGCGAGGUGCAAAAGCGUCUAAAAUACGGUCGAGAAGCAAAGCGUUGGGUGGAUAAUGCCAUCGACGAGUGUGCGACGAUCUGCAACAUUCGCACCGUGAUUGAUGAAUACCGCAAUCUGUCACAUGCCGAAGCCAAGCCUGCAAAAAGAUCGUAUUACCUGCACCACGCGAUGAAGUUCCUUGAGAGGUAUUUCUACCUCAUUGUUUUUGGUGCAUAUAUGAUCGAAAUCCACCAGAAACCGAGCACAGGUGAACCCGCCCCAGACACCGUUGAUGGAAACACGCAGCCAACGUUCUCGAAGUGGCUACAGCAGCACCCGGAUAUGUUCCGCCUGCUGGACGAUUUAGGUGGAGUUCGGUAUAAAUAUGACAAAGUGCUUACGAAGUGUGUGCUGAAGAUGGAUCACUUUUUUGGAAUCGCGCGAAUCCCAUUUGAGUUGACGACAAACGUUCUAAAUUACCGGCGUAUAGCUAGCGAGCCAAUUUUUGGUACGGCUCAGUGCCUGGAGAAUGGUAUUAUCGAUGUGGUUGAACAUUUGCGUGGUGAGUUCGAUCGUGCGAUCUGGAUUAAUUUGCGAGAGGAAGCUGUCAUCUAUGUCAGUGGACGGCCAUUCUGUGUACGACACCAGGACGAUCUUAUGGUAAACGUGGAGUAUCCGGGUAUUGAGGUGGGCGAAAUUACUGCAAUUGAGCGGCAAGUUAAGCUCGAGCUUCAGACUAAGGUCCAGAAGGACAACGGACUAUUCAUGUAUUGGUAUGAGCCUCGUGAGAUGGUAAACGAUGAGAUGAUGGAACACAUAAACCCGCAGGCUGAUGUCAAGACCCUCACUGAAGUGUAUGAGGAAGUGAUACAACAAACAGGAUUUAACUUGCGCUACGCACGUAUCCCAGUGUCGGAUGAGACGGCUCCAGAAGAGAAAGAUUUGGACGACAUGGUGCGUUUGCUGCUUCCUUCAUUUCUGAAUGAGCUCGGACUUCAUCUUCCUUCAGAUGACGCACCUUUGCCAGCGCAAAAGAAACUGAAGACGGCAGUCAUUUGUAAUUGUCAAAUGGGGCGGGGUCGCACUACAACCGCCCUUGUUUGCGUGUACAUGCUUCGCGUUGUGUUUGAGGACAGUGCGUCAUCGCUACUCACGUCCUCGGAUACAACCAGUCUGCUAAAACAAUUGCUUGGCAGUAGGACCGAGGGCCAUCGCCGCCACUCCGCUGCAAUUACAGGAGAAUUUGUAGUAAUUUGCAAGCUGCUCAAGACGCUGGAUAACGGAUCCGACUGUAAGCUGCUGGUGGACUAUGCUAUCGAUCAGUGUGAACACAUGCAGAAUCUGCGGGAUUGCAUUUGCCAAUGCCGCGAUUUGGCAGCGGACCGUGAUCUUCCAAGCACAAAGCGCGACUUUUUCAUGCUGCGUGCGGUAAACUACCUCGAGCGCUACUUCUAUCUUAUAUGUUUCGCGUCAUAUGUACUUGAAGAGCGUGUACACUACUUCCAGCGUAGCCUGUUUGUCACUUGGAUGAAAGAGCGUUAUGGCAGUGCGUUGUAUGAACUGCUUGACAAUCUGUGCUUUGAGGAAGAAAUUGGCGCCGAGACGCACGUGUCAUCAAUGCGCUGGCGAUGGCGUCGUAAACGCAAGCUUGUGUCUCGACUCGAAUAA